AUGGCGAACCGAUCAACCAGCGAUGGAAAGGAGGGAUCAGUGGUGCUGUCUAUGGACAUCAUAUUGCUCAUCGUCGACCACCUAAUCGCCGACGCCAAAGAAGCCGACAAAGGCAUCGUCUGGUGGCUCGCCUACGUUCACGAAACACCUUCAAAAGUCGUCUUCCUUGAGGAUUUCGUCGAGAACGGACGCGAGAAGGUCAACCUCAGAGGCCGCUUUCGCAGACUUCAGCUUCCCUCACAAAUCAAUCGCAUGAGUCGGUCGCUGGUCCAUCGAGAAUUCCUUCGUCAUCCGAUGGGCAAGAUCUACCGUACUUACGUUUCUGAACGACUUCCAAUUGACGCUUGGGUUCUCCCUGAUAUCGAUCGCUUCAUUCCGCUUGUGGCAGACAAGGACGAGGCAAACAUGCAACUGGCUGCACUCUCGCUUCGACAGUCUCUUCAUCUACCUACGCCCCAGGCACCACCGCUUAUUGACUGCAUCCGUCGGAUACAUCUUCCCCUUCGCCACGAAUUCGGUGCGGCCCUUACUGUCCUCGCAGCACUUCCGAGUCUCACUGAACUUGCCAUUGUGGUUGGCCAGUGGCAUGACAUUCAUACGAAGACCACCCCUGACCCAAGUCACAAGAAAGCCCUCAGACGCAUCAAUCAUGCCGCUUUUCCUGAACUAGCUGAGUGGGAGGAGGAACACGCCGACGAUCUUCAGACCUUGUGGUUGCCUUUUCAGAAGAGAGGUGUGCGCUUCUUCGGCAAGAUGAUUGAGCGCAGUGGCUAUGUGAUGGAGCUUACUCUCAAGAAGAAUCGCCUGUAUAUGAGAUUGUGCCACCCUUUCAAGCGCCCUCAAGUCUGCUCACACUGUAAGGCCAUCCGACCCUGA